GAGGACCUCCGGGCAGCGCGGCGGCGGCAGCGCGACCGGCAGCGUGAGUCCCCAGGUGAACACAUAGGAAGCCUCCCCCGGCCCUCCCCCAGGCCUGCGGGCGCUCCGCUGCUCAACCAAAGCCUAACGCGGUCUGACGCAUCCCUGAGCUCUUGAGACAGGCAGGUGGAUUGAUUACCCUUAAGGCAGGCACACGGCGCAGCCUGCCUCUCCCACAGCCGUUCACAACCACGGGCUUUUCCUUUUUAUCCAGAAAUAUUUAAUCAACACCUUACAGAGCUCCUGGAACAGCAGAUUGCUGGUGUCUGCAGAGCAUCCUUCCCCCAAGACACCCGGAGCUAGCCAGCUAAACCUGUGCAUCACUGACGGCCUUGCUAAGUAAGGGAGAGGACGGAGCCCUAGUCAUUGGCCUGUUUCUGGAAGAAGUUCAGCAAGUUAGUCUUUGUUUUGAGAAAAAGGAGAGCAAGAUCUAUUCCAAGGGAUAGCAAGUGAGGUUCUUCCUCCCUGGUAUACAAGGCCAACAGUCAAGAUUCCGAAGGUCACAGACUUUCUGAUGGUGGUGGGGAGCCAUGGCGUCAGAUGAUAAAGUCGCCAUCUUAACUGAUGACGAGGAGGAGCAGAAGAGAAAGUACGUGCUCGCCGAUCCCUUUAAUGGUGUUUCCAGGGAACCGGAGCCACCUUCCAAUGCAACACCCACCUCCACAGAAACAGCUGCUAUUCCUGAGGAGGAGAUAGACUGGAUAGAGAAACACUGUGUCAAAAUAAACAAUGAUCUUCUGAUAUCCAAGGUCUUCUAUUUUUUCUUUUACUCUGCCUAUGGCUCUCUUUACCCGCUGCUGCCUGUGUACUAUAAACAGCUGGGAAUGUCCCCCAGCCAGAGUGGAUUGCUAGUAGGUAUCCGAUACUUCAUUGAAUUCUGCAGUGCCCCCUUUUGGGGUGUCGUCGCAGAUCGCUUUAAAAAAGGCAAAAUCGUCCUCCUCUUUUCUCUUUUGUGUUGGGUUUUGUUCAACCUGGGCAUCGGAUUUGUCAAACCUGCUACCUUGAGAUGUGUACCAAAGAUCCCCCCAACACCUCGUCCCACUAACUCAAGUCACCUGCUAACUCUCCCGCCGACCAACUCUUCCAUCACCACGUCAGCGCGAGCACGUGACAGGAGGAGCCUGCUCCUGUCCACCUGGCCAGUGAUGUUAGAGCUGGGGCCCAAUGUCACAGACGCUGUCAUCUUUUCGACAGCUCCAAACAAGACCAGUGCGCCCACUCUGCCGCCCCAGACGGAUGAGAUUACUGGCCAUGGUAGGGACUUUACCUCGAGUCCAAGCCCGGCGGCCCCCACCCUCCCAGGAGACGUAACCAGAGAGACAACCACUGCUGUUGUCACCACCAAGUCUUUACCUUCUGAUCAAGUCACUCUUGUUUAUGAUCAGCAAGAGGUGGAGGCUAUAUUCUUGGUGAUCUUGGUGGUCGUCAUAAUAGGAGAGUUUUUCAGUGCCUCCUCCGUCACCAUCGUGGACACCGUAACCCUUCAGUAUCUGGGGAAACACAGAGACCGCUACGGACUGCAGCGCAUGUGGGGCUCCUUGGGCUGGGGCCUGGCGAUGCUGUCGGUGGGCAUCGGGAUCGACUACACUCACCUAGAGGUGCUCAUCGACGGAAGGGGCUGUAAGCCGCCUGAGUACCGCAACUACCAGGUCGUCUUCAUCGUCUUUGGAGUUCUCAUGACCCUGGCCUUGAUUGUUGCCACUCAGUUCCGGUUCCGUUACAACCAUUUCAAAAACAAUGAGAGUAAAGGGAAAGAGGUGGAGAUCCCGCAAGUGGAGGGGAACAGCUCCACAGAGUCCUCGGAGGAGGCGCCAGGCGCGCCGGGCCACCCGCAGGCCUUCAGCUUCUGGGACCUGAUCCGGCUGCUUUGCAGCGUGCAGUACGGCUCCGUGCUGUUCGUGGCCUGGUUUAUGGGCUUUGGGUACGGCUUCGUGUUCACCUUUCUCUACUGGCAUCUGGAAGACUUGAAUGGAACCACGACCCUCUUUGGGGUCUGUUCUGUCCUCAGUCAUGUGUCUGAGCUCACAGCCUAUUUUUUUAGCCACAAGCUCAUUGAGUUGAUCGGCCACAUCAGAGUUCUUUACAUUGGUCUGGCCUGCAAUACAGCUCGCUAUAUUUAUAUUUCCUACCUGGAAAAUGCCUGGACUGUUCUCCCCAUGGAAGUUCUUCAAGGAGUGACGCACGCAGCCAUCUGGGCUGCAUGCAUUUCUUACCUCAGUGCGGCAGUUCCCCCUGAGCUGAGGACCUCUGCUCAGGGCAUCCUGCAGGGCCUGCACCUGGGCUUGGGGAGAGGUUGUGGUGCCAUGAUCGGAGGCGUAUUAGUCAAUUAUUUUGGGGCUGCUGCGACUUUUCGGGGGAUCGGCAUGGCCUGCCUGGUGAUCCUCCUGCUUUUUGCCCUGAUCCAGUGGCUGGCAGUGCCAGAUGAAGAAGAAGACAAGACAAUGUUGGCAGAAAGGAUUCCUGUUCCCUCUAGUCCUGUUCCCAUAGCAACCAUUGACUUGGUACAGCAACAGACAGAGGAUGUCCUGCCACGCAUCGAGCCCAGACUUCCACCCAAGAAAACCAAGCACCAGGAAGAACAGGAGGAUGUGAACAAGCCAGCCUGGGGGGUCAGUUCCUCUCCCUGGGUGACCUUUGUCUAUGCACUCUACCAAAUUAAAGAGAUGAUGCAGCUGAUGAGAGACAGCCGAGCUCCUGAGAUACAGCCUUUGCAGGGGACCAGUGAGAAUCGGGGUGAUUCUCUAGCUGGUGGAGCCCGGCCUGUCCCACGUGAGACUCAGUCUGACCCAUCUAGAAACCAGCCAUCCCCUCCAGCAGCAGCACCUCAGACGCAGAGCAGCCCCACCCACCCCAGUGUGGACCAGCGUGUGGAGAAGCGGGAGGACCAGCAGGCUCAGCCCGCCGCUGGGGGACACUGAGGGCUCCCACUCAUCUCACACCCUGCAUGGAACCGGGCCCCUCUGCCAGGACACAGGGAGAGGCUCCCUGAACCUAAGACCUGCCUCACCUUGAGAAGCAUAGCACUAUACACGCUUCUAAAUACCUGGACUCAUCAACAUGGAAACACACAUACACACACAGGAGCUACAGUACAUGUUGGCAGAAACAGGUAAACUUCCAUAAUCCCCCUGGGAAGCAUAGAGGGGAAAUGGGAGUUUGGGGAGGACUUCCAGUUCUGCGAUUGGUUAGGUUAGGGACCAUAGGACUUCUUUGCCAAUGCAGUAGGGUUGAGAGCAGCAGUUACACUAAGUAAGCGGAGGGAAAGAAAGUGUUUCAAGGUGAAUGCUGAUGCAAUUUCCCUCUUCUGAUUAUUUAUUCUAAUUAUUUGGUUCUUAAUGCAAACUGGGAAGAAAUAAAAUAGAGCUAUAAUUUUGUUUCUCUUGAAGGGAACUAUUUAAAAAAAUUACAUAUUUAAGAAAAGUAGCCAGAUAAAAGUUACUAGCUUAUAAGCUUUUGUUACAAAAAAAAAAAAAAGUUUCAUCAGAAACUUGGCAUAUCUCUAGCAAAUAUAUUUUUAUAUGUAUAUGGUAUGUAAUGAAAAUAGUCAAUCCUCUGAGCAGCAAAAGCCGUUACUGACUACUGCAAACUAAGCUGAGCUUUAAAAUGCCUUUUGUUUUAAAUGGGCUUUAAGACCAGAGGAGGGAAUAAUUCAAAUCAACCAACCAACUCAGUAUCCUAUGGCUUGACAGACAAGAGUUUACUAAAUAUAGUGAUACUGUAAAUAGCCUCUAUCACUAUUUAACAGUUUUAUAGUGAUUUGGGCUCUAAGUAGCUGAUGGAAUUUUUUAAAAAUCACUGGAUUCCUAAGGGUUUCUUGAAUUAAGCAGUACUAUUUACAAAUAACAGUAUAAGAUUUAAGUGCCUGGGAGAGGGAUACAAUUUUUAAGAUUUACACAAUGGGUAAAUUUUUGUUUUUGGUGAGGGGAAAAGUUGGUGAAUAGGAGGCCAGGAAUGGAAAAGACCAGAAUAAGAAGUAACUAUAUUUUCCAAUGACUAAAGAAACAAAUCUCAGAAUAUUCUUUUCCACGAAGAUCCCGUCAGACACCAGGGAUCAGAUAGGGGUGUGCUACUGUAAAUAGUACAGCUACAGCCAGGACAGUGGCUCGGUGACUCAUGGGUCAAGCCUGCUGCUGAAAAUGAAAAGCUGAGAAUAGGAGGAAGCCGGGGGAGGGGGGGGGGGGGGGGGCUGUAGAAAAGGGAAUGCUGCUUUUGCUGAGUGAAGGUCCACGAUGGUGUGUGUAGGAACUGUGAGUGAGCACAGGAGAGAGGAAGGAGGCGAGCAGAGUGGAAAACAAGCAACUCACCUUAUUAGGAUGAGUUGUGGACUGAAGGCUUCUCCACGACACCAUCCUUCUGCCCGAUACUGCAUCUGGGAGGAGAGAUUCUAUAUUUGGAUGUCUAGCUUUGCCACAAAACACAGCUUAAAAAUAAAAUAAUGGAAAGGAAUAGAGUUAAACAAAGUUAUUUUUGCACUUGAACUGAAACGUACUGUACUGUAAAUUAUCAUGACUCAUUUUAAGUGACCUUUAAAAUCAGAUGAUUUAUUAUGCUUAUGUAAUUAGAGAAAUAAAGAAAUGGACGACAGGCUGAACCUCACCUAUGAAUGUACAGUAUGUGGGUUUGUGAAACUGACUUUAGGAAGUCAAAAACUUAUACUGUGUCUUGUGUUUACAGUUCUGAUUUAUUCCUUUGAAAAGCCUGCUGUUUUGGAAAUGCAGUUGACAUGUUGAAAUAAAAAUAAAUAUCAUUUUUAAAAGUUU